AUGAGAUUUGCAUGGUCUCAGUGUUUUGGCAACAUGCGGCUUAGUUGGUGUCCUGCUCCCAAAAGCCCCACUUCAUUAGUACGAAGAAGCUUUCAUACCGGAACUCAGGCUAUGAAAUCAGCCAAAACUGCUAAAGAUCUCAUCAAACUGGUAAACUCCAGCUCGCUGACUCAGGCGGAAAAUUCCGACAAAUCGUUGAGACUGAACUCUAAAGCGCCAGCUUGGAAACUCCAGAAGUUAGCAUUGAAUACCAAAUUUGAAGGUCAGCAAUGGAGCCCGAAGAAGAAACUUUCGCGAGAGCAAAUGGAAAGCAUAAGGCUUUUGAAAAACCAAUUUCCACAAAUGACUGCUAGUCAACUCGGUGAACAGUUUCAAGUUUCUCCAGAGGUGAUACGGCGGAUUCUAAAAUCAAAAUGGCAACCUGACGAGUCUGAAGCAGUCAAGAUUCAAGAACGAUGGAAGCGCAGAAGCGAACGAAUCACUCAGAUGUUCGAGUCGUCCAGCAUAACGGCACCGCCACCAAGAAGACUGGUACUGGGAUCAGGGAGAUCGAACACUGAAAUAUUGGUGAAAGGCGUUCGCAAAAACUUCAGGGCUCAAACCGAUAAAAAGCCCACACAAGAUUCAAGAGCCAAACACAAGCUAAAUCUUUUAUCCAAACUGAUAGAUUAA